CUGAUUUGCUUUCUUCCUACCCAGAGUUUCCAAAUCUCACAGUACAGCUUCUUCAGCCUUGGUAAGGGUAUACUGAAGCGAAGUUAAGGUCGUUACUGUGGCGUCUGUGCAUUCGGAGAGGAAACUAACCUGUUGCUUUGCACAGUCCCAGAUUUCCGGUUUACCGCAGAACCUAAUUGUAAGAAAUUCCGAUACGGUGGGGAGCGUUUGAGCUACUUUAGUCUGUGAAGUGAGCCUCAGCUGGGCCUCUGUGGAGCAGAAACUGCUUGCAGAGCCGGAAAGUGGGCCUUACUCCCUGAACUGUCGUGCUGGCAGCAAAGUUUUGUCUCCCUUUUUAGAGACUUUAACAAAAGCCGAAUCGCUUGCUUUCCUGGGGCUCUUGAGACCGGCUGCUGUGCGAGAGCUCCAGUGAGACCGACAGAAGGAAAGGAAAGGCAAGUUGCCAUUGUCAAAAGUGAAAAAGGACAACUCACAACAAAUGAAGGGUAGAUAUAGCGGGCUAUGGGAUGGAUGAAGCAGAGCAGGAUCAGCAUGAAGCUCGUCUCAAGGAGAUGUUUAACAGUUUUGAUGCCACUGGCACUGGAUCUCUGGGCCAAGAGGAGCUGAUAGACCUCUGUCAGUUGCUGAACCUGGAAGAAGUGACACCAGCAUUACAGCAGACACUGUUUUGGGACAACCUCUUAGGCAGGGUGUACUUUGACCAGUUUAAAGAAGCACUAAUACUUGUUUUAUCCAGAACUCUCUCCUUUGAAGAGCACUUGGAAGAACCAGAUUUCUUACCAGAAGUUCAGCCCAAAUAUAUCAAAGAUGGAAAAUGUUAUGGCCGAAGGUCUUUGCCUGAGUUUCAGAAACCUUUGGGGAAGUGUGCCGAAGUGAGAGUGCUUGAAUCAUUGAAUGAAGAAGCUCAGUCUUCACUUACCACUGCCAGUGACUACAAUGAGUAUCACAAGACUCAGCAUAGUGAAGAGUAUGAGGCAGAAGGCCAAUUAAGAUUUUGGAACUCUGAUGACUUAAAUGCCUCACAAAGAGGAUCUUCCCCUACUCAAGACUGGAUUGAUGACAAACUGCAUGAAGUUUGUGAAGAUCUGGGGAUGACUCAAGAUGGCCAUUUGAACAAAAAGAAGCUGAUCUCUAUCUGUGAAUACCAUGGCUUGAAAAAUGUCAACAAGGAGGUGUUUGAAGAUAUCUUUCAUGAUCUUAAGCCUGAUGGUACAAUGAAUAUGAAAGAUUUUUUCUAUAGUUUGUUUAAAAAUGGAAAACCCCUUACAACAUCAGCAUCAACUCCUUAUAGACAGGUGAAAAGGCAUCUCUCCAUGCCGUCUUUUGAUGAAAGUGGGAGACGCACCAUCACUUCUUCAGCAAUUACAAGUUCAAUUACCUUCCGAUUAUUCUCCUGCCUCGAUGAUGGAAUGGGGUAUGGCUCUGUGGAGCAAAUACUUGACAUCUGGAAUGAAGAGGGCAUUGAGAAUGGCCAGGAGAUCUUAAAGGCCUUGGAUUUCAGCCUUGAUGGAAGCAUCAACUUAAUGGAAUUGACCUUGGCAUUAGAAAAUGAGCUUUUAAUCACCAAAAAUGGCAUGCACCAGGCAGUCCUGGCCAGCUUCAAGACUGAGAUCAGGCAUUUGUUGGAGCAAAUUGACCAAGUAGCCAGAGAAAAAGAGAAGUUGCAGUCAGAUAUUGAAAAAGCUGAAAAACUAAAGUCUUUAUUGGCCUCUGAAGUGGAUGACCACCACGCUGCCAUAGAACGCCAAUAUGAAUAUAACCUCAGGAAACUGGAGGAAGUAUACAAGGAAAAGAUAACAUCCUUCAAAAAUGAUAACCAAAAGGAGAGAGAGCAGAUCUUGCAGCAGGCAGGCAAACAGCAUUUGGAACUGGAACAGGAAAUUGAAAAGGUGAAAACUGAAGAGAACUACAUUCGGGACCGCCUUACCUUCUCUUUAAAGGAAAACAGUCGUUUAGAAAGUGAGCUAUUGGAAACUACGGAAAAGCUUGCAGAGUAUGAGACUCUGAUAAACAAUCUGCAGAAGAAUUUGGACAAUGUACUAUCAGAAAAGUUUCAUGACCUAGAUCCCAACAUCGCUGAGUUCUUUUUGCAAGAAGAAAGGCUAACCCAGAUGAAAACUGAAUAUGAACGGCGGUGCAGAAUUUUACAGGACCAAGUAGAUGAACUCCAGUCUGAGCUGGAGGAAUAUCGUGCUCAAGGCAAAGUGUUUAAACUUCCUUUCAAGAAGUCUCUUUCUCAGGAGCUUGAUGUUAGACAUCACAGUACAGACCUUGACCAAGGAUUUGGUUCUGAAAACUGUAAUCCAUUGAAUAUGAGCAUAGAAGCAGAACUGAUUAUUGAACAACUGAAAGAACAGCAUCAUAGGGAUAUGAAAUGUUUAACACUGGAACUUAAGGAUAAAAUGCUCAAUUAUGAAAAGCAGCUAGAUGAAACCAAGGUCAACUGUGAAAAAGAGCAAGAAAAUGUGAAACAAAAGUACAAGAAUGAGAUACAUACCUUGGAAAAACAAAUAAGUGCUCUUAAAAGUGAAAAUGCACAACUACAGAAACAGACAGCUAUUCUGAAGAAAGAACAACAAGAAACAGACUGUAGAUAUGUGAUUGAGAAAAAUGAAUUACAAGUGAAGCUUAAUGAAGAAAAGGCUCAUCUGCAGGAGAAGCUGAAGCUAGAACAUGAAGUAGCUCUCAAGAAUAGACUACAGCAGGUAGAGGAAAGCUUUAACAGAGAGAGGGAGGGUCUCAUUCAAAAUGUUACCUGGGCUGAAGAGAAGAUGAGAGACUUAGUUAAGGCAAAAGAAGAAGAGAAAUGUAAACUGGAAGAGUUUUACCAGGAGCAGCUAAAAAGCCUAAUGGAGAAACAUACUCUUGAGAAAGAAGAGCUACAAAGGAAACUACUAGAAAAGCUACAAAACAAACUGCAGGAGGAAAGGAAUAAAAUGGAAAUUGAGUGUAAUAGAAGAAACUCUCAGAUAGAAGCCCAUUUUCUGAAUGAGUGCCAAAAAGUCCCAAGCAAAUAUGAAGAUUCCCUAAUAAACCUGAAAGAUUCCUAUCAGCAAGAGCUGAAGGACUUAAAAGAACAGCAACAUGAGGAAAAAUCUAAGUGGGAAUCUGAAAAGGAUGAACUCAUCCAGGAGUAUGCUGAAGCACAAGAACAACUUAAACAGACAUUGAAACAUGAGAAAGCAAAAUUUCUUGCUUUGACAAAACAGCAAGAGAUAUUAGAGAAAAAAUAUGAAGAACAUUUAAUCAGCUUAGUAUCUGAGAAACAGCAGCUGCAAAAACACCUAGAGGAGCUAAGGAAUGUAUCUGAAAGCCAACAAAACCAAUUGUCCGAGCAAAUAUUUGAGCUCAAGAAUAGUCAUGAGAAAGAAUUUAAAGAUAGAGAGCAUUUCGUGUCUCAGGUAGAUAAUACAGGGAAAUUAGAUAGACAGAAACUUGAAGAGCAAGAGAUUAAGUGUGAAUGUGAAAAGGAAGACAUAGCUUCUCAAUUUCUCGCAAUGGAGGACUUCAACAAAAAAAUUUGUAAGAAAGCAGACAGAGAGAAAGUUGAGCUAAGAUUACAAAUUUCUAGACUCCAGAAUAAGAUAAAGGAAUUGCAGCAUGGAAUACCUACCAAGCCUCAGAAUAGUAGCCAAGUUGCAACAAAUGAAAAUGCAGACAUGGCUAGUGAGAUGUCACUGCUUCAGCAAGGUACAGAACUUUUGGAAGAAAAUGGUGAUAUUCUUAUAAAUCUGCAACAGGCCCAUGAGAAGGUUGUGAAGGAAAAUGUCAAAAUGGCUGCUGAAAUCAUCAGAUUACAUCAGAGACUACAAAAAUUAGAUUCAGGUUCAGAGCCAUUAGCUUCUGUAGAGGAAUCAAAUGACUUAAUAAGAACUUCCCUGGAACAAACAGAGAUACUUUCAUCACAAAACAGAAUAAAACAAGUAGAAGGCAUUAUUACCCAUAUUCUGUGUGAAUCACCAGAUGACAGUGUUCAAGAAGUGGAAAGGAUAGAAAUAAGUUCCUUUCAGACACUAGAAACUAAAAUGCAGGAGUCGUUAGGAUCAUUAGAGAGGUUUUCUGAAUUUGAGAAUAAUGAAGUAACAAGUACUGAGAGUUUGGACCUAAAGAAUAAGUUUCUUCAUCUUCAGGGUAGAUUGAAGGUCUUACAAACAGAGUGCGACCAAACUUCUGAAAAUAAGCAGGAUUUAAUUUUUGAUGUUUCUAAACUAAAAGAGAAAAUAAAAGUACUUGAGAGUAAUCCUGAGGCUAUUGCCAAAUAUAGGAUGUUAUAUGAGAAUGCCAAUAGGGAAAAUUACUCUCUUCAGGAAGAACUCAAAAAGGUGGAAACACAAUAUAAUAAAGAAAUGGAAAAUAACAGAGAUCUCACUUCAGAAGUUUUCAGGUUACGGGCUGAGCUGAAGAAAGUUGAGACAGUAACUGAAGCAUUCCUCAGGAUUAAACAGAGGUAUGAUGAAGUUAAAGUUGAAAAUGAAGACUUGAAGACUCUAGUUUUGAGACCUGGAGAAAAGACUGGGAAACUCCAAGAAAGGUCAGUGGAACAGUGUGAGUGUUUUUCAUUGAGCCAAGUUGGUUUAGACACCCAAGAACUAAAAGCUGAAAAAAAGAUACUAGGACAAAAUAAAAAGCUGGAACAAUGGGGUGAAAAAUUUGUGAAUUUGAAGUCUGUUUUCAAAGAAUGUAAUCAAGAAAACGUGACCUGUGAGCAGGAAGACAAAUGGGUCUUAGAAAAAACAAAAGUAUCUGAAGAUUUCUGGCUUCAGGGAAAGAUGAACUCUGAAGAAAAGUCAACUGGACAGACCAAGCUUAAAACAUUUGAGGAAGAUGCUGUAUUCUCAGACCUUCAAGGGAAAUAUCACCAUAAUGACACAAGAAUAACAGAAUUAGAAUCGGAGAAAAACAAGUUACAGGAGCUGACUAGGCAAUUAAGAGAGAAAGUGACUAAUUUAGUUAAGCAAAAACAUCUACCUUCUCAUGGAGAAAAAGAGGAGGAAUUCAAGUCAAUGAUGUAUGACUUGCAAAGCACAUGCAGUGAGAUGCAGCAAAAAGUUGAACUGCUGAGACAGGAGUCUGAAAAGUGUCAAGAAGAAAACUCUAUUUUAAGGAAGGAAAUCACCACUUUAAAUGAAGAAGGUAGCAUUUCUUACCUAAAAUUAAGGGAAUUAAGGGGAUCUCAAGAAGAAAUAUGGAAAAAAAUAGAGACUGUAAGAAAGGAAAAAAUUGCUAUACAGAAGAUGGUUGAAAACUUUAAAAAGCAGGUUUCAGAAUUAAAAACCAAAAAUCAGCACUUGGAUUUGAAAAAUGCAAAUGUUAUCCAAAAGAACACCCAAAAUGAAGCAGACAUUCGGUAUCUUCAACAUUUAGCACAAAUCCUAUGUCAGAAAGAAAAAGAGAUAGGAAAUUCUACAUUAGAAGAAUGGGGAAAACAGAGUUCGAGGCUGAAAGAGGAGCUAGAUAACUGCAAAGCAAAGUCAGCAAAAUUAAGCUUUCUAGAGAGUAAAAUUGCAACUAUGAAGCUAGAACAGAAGUCUUGGGAGGACCAGAAUGAAACAUUGAAAUCACAGCUUGCAGCUUCCCAGGAAAAGGUUCAGAAUUUAGAUGAUUGUCUACAGAAUGCUAACAUUCAGAUUUCCCAAAUGAAUUCAGACCUACAAGUGACCCAGCAGAAAAAUGAAGCCUUAAAACAGGAAGUGAUGUCACUACAGAAGCAACUAAAGAAUGUCAAUGGCAAGAACUGGCUUCCAGAACGAGCCAUAUGUCCUUCAGGCUUGCAGGACCAGCUGUCCUGGCACAAGUUGGAUCAUCCGAUUAACCAAGAACUAGAGCUAUUAAUGGAGGAAAAUGCAAGACUUCAAAUUGUGGUGCAGAACUCCACAACAGAAUUCAUGUACUCCCAAGAAAAGGUUAGUCAAAUGAAUAAACUUGAAGAAGAACUGGAAACAAUUCAUUUGGAAAACCAAAGCCUGAAAAAUAAACAAGUAAAAGUAGAUGAAGAGAUGAUGGAGGGGAGCCAAAAGCAACUGGUAAUAGCUAUGGAGGAACGUAUGUUAGAAGUUGAACGAAAGUUGAAACUAGUGAAAAGACUUCUUCAGGAAAAAGUCAAUCAGCUAAAACAACAACUUUGCAAGAACACAAAAUCUGAUGCAGUGAUGAAGGAUUUAUAUGUUGAAAAUAAUCACCUGUUAAAAACUUUAGAGAUUACUGAACAACGGCAGAAAACAGCAGAAAAGAAAAACUAUCUUUUGGAAGAGAAGAUUGCAAGCCUCAGUAAUAUCAUCAGGAAUCUAACACCAGCACCAGUGAUUUCUGCACCUCCUCUCAGUUCAUAGAUGAGCCAUAAAAUCUACAAGAAUAUAUACACUAUACUGAAAUAUAACAUUUCAAUAGAAUAGUCUUUUCCCUUUCCUCUCCCUUCUCAUGCUUAGGGUAUGAUUAUUUUUAUUUUCAUUUUCAGUUGGACAGUGUAAAUUACUGCUUCUAUAAUAAGAAGUGUGAAAGCCCCAGGUGAUUCUAAAAUGUGACAAGUUAAGAGGAAACAUCCUAAACUGGAGUGUUUGCUAAAAUAUAAAAGGGAAAUCUUAGUAUUCUGCCUGAUUAACCCUCAAAGCUCUUAGAGACAAAUUAGGAAAUUCUAAUUUUCAACAGGGAGAAAUGAUCAGUUUCUUAAAGGUAAUGUUAGCCCACAUCAUAAGCUUUGAUCAUUAUAUACCAAGGAACAAUUGAGACUAAAGUUUUCAAAUGUAGUACAAUGUGUUAAAAAAAAAUAAAAAUAAAAGCAUACCUCAAGCUUUAUGUUUAAAUUAAAUUUUUCUGACUCAAAUCAUGGUUUAAAUAAGACAUUCUAAAAGGAAAGGUCUCAUAAUAAAGCUUAAUCUAAAACUGCCAGCAACAGAUAUAGGUUAUUUAUUUAAAUAUUCAAAUGUUCAUCUUAUACGUAUGUGUAUAUAUUCAUAAAUACACCUGUACACUUGUAUAUCUACAUGUCCGUACACAAUUUUUUUUCUGAGUGUUUUAUUCUGUGAUUUGACUUAUUUCUGUACCUUGAAUUCAAUGUAUUUUAAGAAAAAAUACUGUCUUUGUGGUCACCCAUGAUGAUGAAAUCCUAAUUUCGUAUGAAAUCAAACCAAAUUAAAAACGUAAAACCCAUUUUAGCUAACAUUUUUUUAAAAAAUUUAAAUGUGUACAAAGAGUAAUAUGUAUGUAAACCCUGAUUAUUUCAAGUUUGGUGGCUUGCAAAAAUCGUUAAAAA